AUGUUGAACGAGUACGUGACGGAAUUCAACAGCCUGCAUUGCCUUGGGGCAUUUGAAAUGGAAUUGCGUUCAAUGCCCCUAGCUGAGCGAAGCUGCCAUUUAAGUCAACUUCAGACCUGCCGCAAUGAGUUUGCCUCCCUGGAACGCAGAUGCCUGCUAGCUGCUUCGGGUGCGAGGAAAGCGCCUACAACCACUGAAGGGAGACAAUGCGAUCAUACUUUGGAAAGGCUUAAUAAUGCGAACGUUCAGCUAGCCAGCACACGGAAACUUGCCGAAGAAACUGAAGAGGUAGGCGCGAAUAUCCUCUGCAAUCUGUACAUGCAAAGGGAAAGCAUUCAACGUGCCAAAGGUCACGCUGAACAAACGGAUGCUAGCUUGAGUGAGUCAAGGUCUUUAAUAUCGAAAAUGGGGAAAUGGUGGUCCGGUCUAAUUGGCUAG